AUUUCCAUCCAGGUGUCAGUAGCCAUCAAAGCUAUUUGUAUCUGGGGUGGAUAGCCAAUGUGGCUAAUGCUGGGUUUCAGUCACGUGACUUUUCUUAGAGGUUUUACCAGAAGUAAAUAGCUGGUGGUCUAAAUGGCUGCCUAGUGCAAACAACUAGCAAUAACUUAUCGGAGUAUGCUCGUAAUCUAGAAGCCACUGCUCGCUUUAGAUAUAUUCAGAAGAUUGCUAUGUGCAAUGGAAUUGACCCCUACAGUCUGGGAAAGAAGGAUUUGUCAUACGAUCUCGAAAACUACCCUUCAGUUGAGUUCCCCAACAUCUCGAACUAUCUGGUGUUGCAGACAUCCUUCUACACCGCAAAACAGAUGAAAGCGUGGAAGAUUAUGGAGGCUUACAACUUUUUUGUAUGUGACUGGGUAAAGGACCUCGGUAUCAAGUCGCUGCUGAAUGAAUCCUGUAUUGUUUUUGCCCGUGUAAGUAUGUUGGGGGUUUUUUUAGCUUUUCAUUCGCAUCUUUACAACAAAGUGCUGCAAGUUGAAGUGUAAACAAACAACAGUUGGCUUGAUUCUCACUUGUGUUGGCUCUUGUCUCUCAGGUAAAUCAUUCACAAAGAUCAUCAGAAACCUCUUUAAAGACCUGGAUCUUAGUUAAACAAGACAGAGAAGUGAUCACGGCGCAUUGUAACUGUGUGGCUGGAUGUUCGGACGAAAUUUUAACCACUGGUAGCCACAGACAACAGAAGCUCACUGACCCAAGAUGAGUGACCCUGACCUAUUUUUCAAGACACAUGACUACAAAGAUGAACAGAAUUGAGGAGUCAUAUUUCAAUGUCACAUCAACAGUGUCUCUACCAGUCACCACCAAUGUUUCUCCAUCAUACCGUGAACCCUAUCUGCACAGACUGGCCCACCUGGAUGAGGGUCUCUAUAAUGACUUCUAUAGCGUGUGGGUUGCUCUGGUGGUCAUUAACACUUUGAUAUUUAUCGUGGGAAUGGCUCUCAACAGCCUGGCCUUGUAUGUCUUCUGUUUCCGUACAAAGCCCAAGACCACAUCUGUUAUUUAUACUAUUAAUCUAGCUAUCACAGAUCUUCUGGUGAACCUGUCACUUCCUACCCGCAUCAUACUGUAUUAUAGUGGAGGCAACUGCCUUAACUGUUCUUACAUCCAUUUAUUUAGCUACUUUGUCAACAUGUACUGCAGCAUCCUUUUCCUCACCAGCAUCUGUGUGGACCGUUAUCUUGCCAUUGUACAGGUCGAGGCCUCCCACAAGUGGCGCAACCGCAACGUGGCUAAAGUAGUUUGUAUCUGCAUCUGGCUGUUUGCCAUCAUUGUCACUUACUCUUUCCUCAUGACGGCCUUCAAACAUUCAGCCUGCUGCAAGCUCUUCACACUGACUGUAUUUGAGUUCUUCCUGCCCUUGGUGAUUAUUGUGGCGUUUACAGUCAGGAUUAUGUGUGCACUGUCCAGCCCAGGCCUCAUGCAACAAAGCAGGGACAGACGGAUGAAGGCUGUGCAGCUACUCACUACUGUACUGGUGAUCUUCACCAUCUGCUUCACACCUUUUCAUGUUUGCCAAGUCCUAAUCUACUUCCACCCUGAUCUGCCCCACCAUGUGAUUGUCUACCAUGUGACCGUCACACUCAGCAGCCUUAACAGUUGCCUGGAUCCUGUUGUCUACUGCUUUGUCACCAACAAUUUCCAGUCUACCAUGAAGAGGUUUUUACAGAAGGCUAAGGAAGAACAGACCAGUGGUGACAUCAUCAGCAUGCACAAACGCUCCAGAGGAUCAGGCACUGUUUUUGCUAUCACUAACAGCAUGGUCAUGAUUAAUAUGAAUUCUCCUAAAAAGGAAGGUGACGAAUAAGGCUGUACACUUUAUGGACACGAAUGUUUUACUGGGAAAUACGCCACUCGUAUUUUUCAUACGAACUACACCCGGGAUAUGGAGAACCAAAAGCGUGACAUAAAUCUCUAUAUGUUACUCGUGAGGA